AUGGACACCAAGUCAAAGGGCGCUCAGACGAAGGAGCAUCAUGUCUCGCGGACUGGCACGCGCGGUACGGCUGCCAAGGGCGGUGCUGGUGGCAAGGGCACCUGGGGCCGCGCUGACGACCCGUCGGCUCAGCUUCAGGCGGCGACGGACCCGGCGUACCUCGACAAGAACGAUCCCAACUAUGUUGAGGAUGAGAGUGGGGGCGACGAGCUCCUCACUGCCGACGACGCGUAG